CCGCCGCCGCCGCCGCCGCCACCGCCGGCCCAUGACUGAGCCCCGCCGCCGCCGGCCGAGGAAUGGGCUCCGGGCUCUGGUAGGAAGCGCUGGGAGCGGGGGGCGCUUUUAAAACACCGAUCUGGGUUUUUUAAAAACCUCCUUUGAAAAAAUAAUGGCAAACUCGACGGGGAAGGCGCCUCCGGACGAGCGGAGAAAGGGACUCGCUUUCCUGGACGAGCUGCGGCAGUUCCACCACAGCAGAGGGUCGCCUUUUAAAAAAAUCCCUGCGGUGGGUGGGAAGGAGCUGGAUCUUCACGGUCUCUACACCAGAGUCACUACUUUAGGCGGAUUCGCGAAGGUUUCUGAGAAGAAUCAGUGGGGAGAAAUUGUUGAAGAGUUCAACUUUCCCAGAAGUUGUUCUAACGCUGCCUUUGCUUUAAAACAGUAUUACUUGCGUUACCUAGAAAAAUACGAGAAAGUUCAUCAUUUUGGGGAGGAUGAUGAUGAGGUACCACCAGGCAAUCCAAAGCCACAGCUUCCUAUUGGUGCAAUUCCAUCUUCCUACAAUUACCAGCAACACAGUGUGUCAGAUUAUCUGCGUCAAAGUUAUGGGCUGUCUAUGGACUUUAAUUCGCCAAAUGAUUAUAAUAAAUUGGUGCUUUCACUGUUAUCUGGACUCCCAAAUGAAGUGGACUUUGCUAUUAAUGUAUGCACUCUCCUAUCAAAUGAAAGCAAGCACGUCAUGCAACUUGAAAAAGAUCCUAAAAUCAUCACUUUACUACUUGCUAAUGCCGGGGUGUUUGAUGACACUUUAGGAUCCUUUUCCACUGUAUUUGGAGAAGAAUGGAAAGAGAAGACUGAUAGAGACUUUGUUAAGUUUUGGAAAGACAUCGUUGAUGAUAAUGAAGUUCGUGACCUCAUUUCUGACAGAAACAAGUCUCAUGAAGGUACAUCAGGAGAAUGGAUUUGGGAGUCUUUAUUUCAUCCACCUCGAAAGCUGGGCAUUAACGAUAUUGAAGGACAGCGGGUACUUCAGAUUGCAGUGAUUUUGCGAAAUCUUUCCUUUGAGGAGGGCAAUGUUAAGCUCUUGGCAGCUAAUCGUACCUGUCUUCGUUUCCUAUUACUUUCUGCACAUAGUCAUUUUAUUUCUUUAAGGCAAUUAGGCCUUGACACAUUAGGAAAUAUUGCAGCUGAGCUUUUAUUGGACCCUGUUGAUUUCAAAACUACUCAUCUGAUGUUUCAUACUGUUACAAAAUGUCUAAUGUCAAGAGAUAGAUUUUUAAAGAUGAGAGGCAUGGAAAUUUUGGGAAAUCUUUGCAAGGCAGAAGAUAAUGGUGUUUUAAUUUGUGAAUAUGUGGAUCAGGAUUCCUAUAGAGAGAUCAUUUGUCAUCUCACUUUACCUGAUGUGCUGCUUGUAAUCUCAACACUCGAGGUGCUAUACAUGCUCACGGAAAUGGGAGAUGUUGCUUGCACAAAAAUUGCAAAAGUGGAAAAGAGCAUAGACAUGUUAGUGUGUCUGGUUUCUAUGGAUAUUCAGAUGUUUGGUCCUGAUGCACUAGCUGCGGUAAAACUCGUUGAACACCCAAGUUCCAGUCAUCAAAUGUUAUCUGAAAUUAGGCCACAAGCUAUAGAGCAAGUCCAAACCCAGACCCAUGUAGCAUCUGCCCCAGCUUCCAGAGCAGUUGUAGCGCAGCAUGUUGCUCCACCUCCAGGAAUAGUGGAAAUAGAUAGUGAGAAGUUUGCUUGUCAGUGGCUAAAUGCUCAUUUUGAAGUAAAUCCAGAUUGUUCUGUUUCUCGAGCAGAAAUGUAUUCUGAAUACCUCUCAACUUGCAGUAAAUUAGCUCGUGGUGGAAUCCUAACAUCAACUGGAUUUUAUAAAUGUCUUAGAACUGUCUUUCCAAAUCAUACAGUGAAGAGAGUGGAGGAUUCCAGUAACAAUGGGCAGGCACAUAUUCAUGUGGUAGGAGUAAAACGGAGGGCUAUACCACUUCCCAUUCAGAUGUACUAUCAGCAGCAACCAGUUUCUACUUCUGUUGUUCGUGUUGAUUCUGUUCCUGAUGUAUCUCCCGCUCCUUCACCUGCAGGAAUCCCUCAUGGAUCACAAACCAUAGGAAACCAUUUUCAGAGGACUCCUGUUACCAACCAAUCUUCAAAUUUGACUGCAACACAAAUGUCUUUUCCUGUACAAGGUGUUCAUACUGUGGCACAAACUGUUUCGAGAAUUCCACCAAAUCCUUCAGUUCAUACCCACCAGCAACAGAAUGCUCCAGUGACUGUCAUUCAAAAUAAAGCUCCAAUUCCUUGUGAAGUUGUUAAGGCUACAGUUAUCCAGAAUUCCAUACCCCAGACAGGAGUUCCUGUUAGUAUUGCUGUUGGAGGAGGACCUCCACAGAGUUCUGUUGUUCAGAAUCAUAGUACAGGGCCACAACCUGUUACAGUUGUGAAUUCUCAGACAUUGCUUCACCAUCCAUCUGUAAUUCCACAACAGUCUCCAUUACACACAGUGGUACCAGGACAG